AGGCCGUGAGUGGACAGAAUGGGGCACGUGAGGACCUGCUCACUAAUAUCCGUGACUUCAGAUUUGCAAAAAGAUGGCAAGGCAAGUACAAAUAAUUUCCAGAUACCCUGCAUGCAGGUUCCCUAUUUGUUAAGUGUUUACUCCAUUUCCUUCCCACUGCAUUUCAAUGACAUUCAGAUACAGAGAAAGGAUUCAUCUGCAUUGAGGUAUUUUGUCUUCCAAGUUCUCCUGAAAAUGGUCCUCUGUAUUGGAACUGCCCCAGCAGGAACCUUCCUCUCGCCGCAAAAGCUGUCGAUUCCCUUCCCCUCCUUGCCCCACCCUCUCUCUUUGCCAAGAACGCUGAACAGGAAGAAGGGUUUGCCUGGGGAUGCUGCCAAGACAGAGAGACCGUGAAGAAGGAAGGACGUCGCCUGAGCAGAAGGAACGUACUCUCAGGAAAGGGGCCCCUGCGCACGGCGCCAGGAGUAAGACCACUGGGAAGAUCCCCGCCGGCCAGCAAGCUCAGCCUCCCAGGAGGGGACAGGUAAGUCUAUGUGUCCGUCCUCUGCACAGACGGUUGGCUCUUCCCCAGCGCCAAGCCCUGCAAGGACACCCAUCCUAUCUGUCAGCUCCCGACACAGUCCUUAAGACUGAGGCUUCUGACAGCUGAAGUCAGUAUGACCAAGACGACUAAGGAAGGUGCUAGGGAACAAGAAUCAUUUCAAGGCUAAGCAUUUUCAAAGUCCAAGAAAGGAUUUAUUUCAUUAGACAGAAUUUAGUAGCCACAGACGGGGACAGGGCUGAGGCCCAGAGCUAAAGGGUGGGUGAAGGAGAGACGCCAUGCCAAGUUCCAAGGCUCCCAACCGGAACAAAUCCUACCCAUCUUCGGGGCCUGUGCUGUAUCUCCUCCUGGCACCUGUCAAUGGCAGGCCUGUCUCCCAAGUCCCUUCCCAAGGGUGCCUGAGGAAGACGCUGGCAUGCAUCCUGGUGGAAAGACCUCUUGUCCCCAGACACUGAUGGUGGCAUGUGCUCUAACCCCCACAGGCCUCCUCAGCUCCUCCGUCAUGAACUGGCACAUGAUCAUCUCUGUGCUUAUCGUGGUGGCGCUUAAAGUUAUCGGAACAACCCUCUUUCUGCUUUACUUCCCGCAGAUUUUCGGGAAUGGUGACGUCAGCUUCAGUCCCACAGAGAGCUCUGGAACAGUCUGCCCCAGGAGAUGGGAUUUUCUUCAAGGAAGAUGUUUUUUCUUGUUCACCUCGGAAAUGCCCUGGGGCGAAAGCAGGGCCAUUUGUGAAGCGCAAGAAUCGACUUUGGCCAUUGUCAACACACCAGAGAAACUGAAGUUUCUCCAGGACAUAACUGGAGCGGAGAAGUAUUUUAUUGGCUUACGAUACCAGCCGGCAGAGAAAAGGUGGCGUUGGAUCGACAACUCUGUUUUCAACGGCAAUGUCACCAAUGAGCUUCCGAGUUUCAACUGUGUGACCAUGGGCCUAACGAAGACAUUCGAUGCUGCACUGUGUGACACCCCGCACCGCUGGAUCUGUGACAAGCCUGCCAAAUGACCGUGUUCUCUGCAGUCUCUGGCAAGAACGACAAAUACACUUAUGGAGACAGCAGGAGAAAAUACCGAACAUCAAAUUACUGCGCUGUCCCCCACAGGUUACGGGCAGAGCUCCCUAAUGAAUCCCCGGAGCAGACACACGGGCCCCUCCAUGAACGAACUUGCAUGGACACAGCGGAGGCGCACUCCCCGCUGUGACCCAGCAAUUCCUCAAGACCCCAUUUCCUGGGACAGUCCCGCCUGUGAUUCUUUUUGGGUCUGAACAGAUCGAGUCAAAGCCCCCUUCAUCCAUCUGUAAACUGGAAGAGGUCCUGGCUUGUGGGGGCGGGGGGGGUUGGGCUUCUGAACCCCACCUUGGGGGACUGGAGACCAGCCCUGUCCAGGGGAGAUGGUCAGUUUCAUGGGGGCGGCUCAGGUGGCAUAAAGUCGGUGUGUUUCUGUAGAACUGAGCAUCUCUGACUGGUCAGCAGGGUUUCGUCUGUUACUUCUGUGCCCUCAUCUCUGUUCCCAAGAGGCCCCGGUCCCAUGACCCCAGCCCACCCCAGGUGGGACAGCACAGGCCCUCCUUGGUCUGAAUUGAGGCCAGGGUUGGGGAAGGGCCCCGGAGCCAGGCUUAGAGCAGAGAGAACGCCGUUCCAGGGGAGGAGGAGGAGUCUAGGCAGCCAGGAAUCUGCUAGGAAACUCCUUUUAAGACAACCCAAGAUGACCAAGUGACUGAGUCUCUGUUCUCCAGCAAAGCCCUAAGAGAGACUCAAGCUAAAACUUUUCUUGGUCUUGGCCUGAAUUUCCAUUUUAACAGAUUCUGAUGGUUUGAUCACAUUUGUUGUGUAUAUUUUAAGAAACUGGGAUUGACUCUUGGGCCCCAUUGACCACAUAUUCCUCCUUGCAGUUCUGGAGAGACUUGGCUACCAGGGACAGCCUACUGAUCCAAAGACACCACAGCCUUGCACUGGUUGGCACCACGCUGGCCCUGGAUGGGUUCCCCUGAUCAAGAAGUAGGAAAAGGGGAGAGA